AUUUUUCCUCCCCCUCCACUCGAUUCUCCAUCUCUCUACACACAUCUCGGAGUGCACGGAGCCACGGACUCGUAGCACUACCGGCGUCGCGGCUUCCUAGGUUCUCCUUGCGGACAGAGCGAGAAACUGAGAGAACAAAGAACGAAGCUGCUGCUGCCGCUGUAAAAGAGAGAAACAGUAUAGGUUGUCGCCCAAAUCGCAAGCUUUGCUUGGAUCUACAGAGAUACAGUACUCUCUUUGCAUAGGGGCGAGUAUUAUUCAGUCAGUAAUAGGUGGAUCGAUCGGGCUGCAUGCGUGAAUCCAUGUGCAUGGGAAUCCGCGAGACCUUAUUUUAUUCCGAGCAAACUGAUUGCCGCAGGCAGGUUCUAGCUACCGACUAUCUCUCUCUUCACCGUUUGAGUCCUGGUAUAAGAGAGGAGCAGCUCCUGGCCAUUGCUCAUACACUAUCCUGAUCAAGGCGUCUCCUUCAUUGACUUUCUUAUUUGGUUGAUCGGUCAAAUUAGCUACUCAUUCUCCCUCCGGCCUUUAAGCCACACUUGAUCAUCACCAUGGGAGAGGAAGUUAAAAAGGUGGAGGAGGCAAUGGUGGAGGAGCCGAAGAAGGAAGAAGCUCCAGCGGCUGUGCCGGAAGCAGAGAAGAAGGAAGAGGCGGCUGCAGCAGAAGGUGGGGAGAAGAAGAAAGAGGAGGCAGCCAAGGAGCCACCGCCGCCACCUCCUCCAUGCAUCCUCGGCAUCGACCUGCAUUGCACCGGUUGUGCCAACAAAAUCAAGAGAUGCCUCCUCAGAUGCAAAGGAGUGGAAAGGGUGGAGGUGAACAUGGCGCAGAACCAGGUGAUGGUGAAGGGCAUCGUAGAUCUGCAGGGCAUCUGCGAGCGCCUCCGCAAGAGGACCAUGCGCAACGCCACCGUCAUAUCCCCGCCACCUCCUCCUCCCGCAGAGGCCGACGCAGCAGCCGCCCUUAAGGAGGAACCGGUCGUCGUUCAUUCGCAGGUGAGCGAGGUGACGACGGUGGAGCUCUUCGUCAACAUGCACUGUGAGGCCUGCGCGCAGCAAUUGCAGAAGAAGAUCCUCAAGAUGAGAGGCGUCAAGAGCGCAGACGCUAACUCCGGUGCCGGCAAGCUCACCGUUACCGGCACCAUGUCAGCCGAUAGGCUCGUCCAGUACAUCCACCGACGCACCGGCAAGCUCGCCACUGUCGUGCCCCCGCCACCGCCUCCUGAGCCCCCAAAGGAGGAGGAGCCAAAGAAGGAGGACGGCGACAAGAAGCCCGAGGAACCGCCCGCAGAGGGCGCCAACAACAAGGAGGAACAGGAGAAACCAUCGGCGGAAGACGCCGCCGAGAAGAAAGCCGCCCAGGGAGAAAAGAAAGAAGACGGGAACGCCAAGCCGGAGGAUGGUGCUAAGAAGAAGGAAGGCGGCGGCGAUGAGGAGAAGGCAAAGCCUGAGCUGCUGGCCGUGGACGGGUUUCCGCCGGAGGAGAUGAUGAAACGGAUGAUGUACUGGCCGUACUCACACAAGCACUACUACAACCCUCAGGUAGACGAAGAGGCUAUGAUGGCAAGGAGGGUGUCCAUGGUGCACCCCUACGCCAUGUCCAUGAUGCAGUGGGCGCCUCCGCCUCCAACGCCGCCGCCACCCGCACCAGUGGCGGCUCCUCCGACUAUGUACCAGUACUACAACUACGGCAUGGUGGAGCAGCCAGCACCGGCGCCGCAGUACUUCAGCGACGAGAACCCUAACGCAUGUGUCAUCUCAUAGCUCCAUGGAUGACAAUAGCAGGAAUGAUCAACGAUGGUGGCACGGCAUCUUGCUUGUAUACUAGUAUAACGAGCUAUUAGCUUGAAUGGAGGCCAGCCCCGGGUUUCGCUCCAAAUAUAUUCAUCUUGCCAUGAUAUAUAUGUAGUAUACAGUAUCAACAUAAGUGAUCGCGGCAAUUAUUUACUCC